ACAACUCUUCUGAUUUCGCGUCGCCUUCUCAUUUUGCCUGGCUGUAGGUUUCCUGUUUUGUCCUAUUGCAGGUCACUUCAGGCACAAUGGCUCCACUCUGGCUCUCCCUGUUGAUGGUUCUCUGGAGUCUCCUCAUCACAGUUGGCAGUUAUAAGCUCCCAACCUUAAGACUCCCUCUCCAAGAUGGCCCUGGUGGAGAGGAUGUGGAGUCAUACAGCGUUCUUGCCAAUCCAGGUGCUCUGUCAGCUGCUCCAGGACAGUGGGAGUGGAAAGCAGAAGAUGUUGGCCAGGAAUCCCCUCAGUUACCCCGCCGAAAGAGGGAGGAUGGGAUGGUGUCUAAGCUCUCUCCUGUGGCUGCUGCAGCACAAUCCAAGAAAGAUGCCUCAGUUAUGGAGACCACAGCCGUUGGAACAAUUUACAGUGGUGCCAUCACUGAAAUAUCUACCAAUGCCACAGCAACUUUAGACAAAUUUGGGAAGAUCUCCACAGAAGGUGAUGCCACCACCAAAGUGAGCACAAUGGUAUCCCAAGACUCCUCUGAAACUACGCUUGCUGGAACAGAAAGGGUCACUACUGCCCUCAGAGAAACAGCAAAUGUUUCAGGGGUCAGCGAGGUCCGGUGGCCGUGGCUGGAUGACAUUUCAACCCACCAGUCGUCGGUGGCCAGUUCAGAAGUUCCCACAGGGACUCUGAGGCAACGCUUUGACACGACUGGCCCUGACUUCAAAGCCAAGGGAAGGGCAAAAUUUCCUCCCACAGCAGCCAAGUCUAGUCCCACCACAGGGUGGCUGUGGCUGGAUGAUGUGUCAACCCACCAGUCAUUAGUGGCCAGUUCAGAAGUUCCCACAGCGACUCUGAGGCAAAGCUUUGACACGACUGGGCCCAAUAUCAUACAAAAGGACAAGUCUGGUUUCCCAACCGCAGUCACCACCACCCAGGGGAAACUCCCCUCAGCGAAAUCUCCCAGUGGCACUGCCACCUUGAUUGGGAAAUGUUUGCUGGGCAUCUUCCUCUUGGCUCUUGUGGCUGGCAUCUUCAUUGUGAUCGCCGCUGUGCUUGCCACCAUGCUGUGGCGCCAAAAACGGGCCUACAAAAUGAGCCAGCGCAACCAGACGGAAAUGGUGUGCAUCUCAUCCCUGCUGGCUGCCGAAGAGGCAGAGGAGGCCAGGGGGAAGCACCCCAGGGUGAAGAGGGUGAAGAUGCUGGGGGAGAACGGGUCAGAGAUGGACAUGGACAACUUGACUCUGAACAGCUUCCUACCGGAGCAUUAACAUGCUCUGCUGCAGCACUUCGGGGUUCUCUCAGACCGUCUCUUUCUCGAACCCCCUCAUGUUCUCCAGAGAUGUGUUUUCUAAUCCAAAGCACCUUUGUGCCAGGUUUGCUCAAUCCAGAAUGAUGAUUAAAAGAUUAAAGAGUGUUACACUUCUCAGAGCGGGAAGCAGGAAGCAUCUGAUUUGGGCAGGCUAAUCCUUAUAUACCCAAGCCAGGCAUUGUUGCACAUGAGCACAAUGGGAUGUUUGUCACCCUGGAGAUGGCUACUCCUUGAUGUGACUCAUCCACCACAGGCUGAAAUGUUGGCUAUAUAUUCCCUUUGACUAUAAACCACGAGAGAGGCUCUCCUGCUAUGGGCACAGAAAAAAAAAACAGGAACAGUCACGGCAUAGCAAUGGGGUGCACAGUGCCUCUUCAGAUAAAUAGCACCGUGCCAAAGGACUGAACUGGGAAGCAAUGCUUUGCAGAGAGAAGUGCAAGCAGUGAAAAUUUGCUAGACUAGACGCAGACUAUGGAUUUGGCUGCUGCUCUUACUGGUGAGAAGGAGCCAGGGACCCUGGCUCUCACAAGUUUACUGCUUUGUCCUUGGGAAAUGUCACUUGUCAGUCUGAGUUAAACAUACAGGAGGGCAAAGUUGUUGGCUCCUACAUUUUUCAAAGCGUCAAUGGAAUCUAUAGAAAGCUGAGCCAGUUUGACUUCUCUCUUGUCUUUUGGGGAGUGUUUACAACCUGGUAUUUCUUUGGACUGCUUGAAUGUAUUUGGGGGUGGGUGGGUCUGAAUUUGGGGCACUCCCAAAAGUAAUGUGCUUUUCAAAAGAUUAAA